AUGGAACAAGACCUAGCUUUGCCACCUAGUACUUACUGGGAACAAUUAAGAGAGAAGGCUGAUGAUGUUUUACGCCGAAAGGUAGCCCGUAAUCGACGGGUGAAAUCAGACGAUACCAAGUUGGUGGUAUCUGUCAAUGACCGCUCUCAAUGUGAUCUUACGAAGUGCUUCGAGGUAGACCCCAAUCCAACGGGCAACGCCAUUACACCCCUUCUGGAUGGAUACGGUACUCGCUCAGAGCACGAUUAA